UACUUACACAUUUGGUAUUUUGAGUGCACAAGUGCGUUCACACUUUGAAGUAUACAAAAUGCAGUGCGCUGUCAGUACCCGUGUACAGAACAGUACACAUAAAAAAAACAUUAUACUGUAUGUCAAGUUUACAGUCGUACAACAUAGUAGAAGCGUGCGAGGAGUACCUGGAUUUGCCUUGGACUUGCUAUCAAAGAUGAUGGAGAGCCACUAUGCAAAAAUACCCCCAAAAAAACCCAGACCCUUCAACCGAUUUUUUUUUCUUUUUUUUUUUUUUCUUUUUCUUACUGUCUAGAGUCGCCAUCUUGGCUAUGUUGCAGAAGGGGACGUUCUAACUUGAAAUAAUGGUGACUGAUGAGCAACAAGGCGCAGACUGAGAAAGACUGAUAUCCAAUCAUGGAAGGGUUUGUCGGGGACCUGCUCGGUGAGGACAGCUCAGUAAUGGCGCGCAUGCAGAAGAAGUUCUGGAAGACCAAGCAAGUCCUCAUCAAAGCUACUGGCAAAAAAGAGGACGAGUACGUGGUGGCCUCAGACGCCGAUCUGGACGCAAAGCUGGAGUUCUUUCGUUCAGUUCAGUCCACCUGCACCGAGUUGCUGAAAGUGAUCGAGAAGUACCAGCUUAGGAUCACACGUUUGUCCCAGGAGGAGAACGAGCUGGGCCUGUUUUUGCGCUUCCAAGCUGAACGAGACCGCACCAAGGCCGGCAACAUGAUGGACGCCACCAGCAAGGCUCUGUGCACCUCUGCCAAGAAAAGGAUGGCACUCAGCCCGCCGCUGCACCGUUUACACCAGGAGGUGGAAACUUUCAGACGGCGCGCCAUCGCCGAUACGCUGCUGACCGUCGGACGCAUGGAGAAAGCUCGCACAGAGUACAGAGGAGCGCUGCUCUGGAUGAAAGACAUCUCUCAAGAACUCGACCCAGACACUUAUAAACAGCUGGAAAAGUUCCGCAAGGUUCAAGGCCAGGUGAGGGCGACAAAGAGCGAGUUUGAGAAGCUAAAGAACGACGUGUGCCAGAAGGUGGACAUGCUGGGUGCCAGCCGCUGCAACAUGCUGUCACACUCGCUCUGCAACUACCAGACCACCCUGCUGCAGUUCUGGGAGAAGACGGCCCACGCCCUGUCCGACAUCCACGAUGCAUUUCAGGGACACAUACCAUACCAGUUCACUACACUCAAGGACCUGCGGGACCCUUUGGAGCAAAUGACUGAAACACAGCAAGAAGAGGACAAGGGGAAGGUUCUGCAGAGCAACAUAGACAGUCUGGUGUGCUUGGAUGACGGAGCAUCAGACGGUGCUGUUGACAAAGGCCCCGCCCCCAGCAGCCUAAAAGGUGACAGUGGUGUUUUGCGGGACUCCACUGGCACGGGGCCGAUGCCAGAGGAUGAAGAAGGUGAACGGGGUGACAUGGCAUUCCUCAAAGACCUGCUCAGCCCGCCUCCCGGCGCUGCCGACGACUUCAGCCAGGAGUGGCAGGAUGCUUUCGGGCUCUUUGAGGCCAGCAGCGCUGUCCCUGCAGUCCCUGCUCCGGUUCAGACCGCUCCCCAGGCCCCAUGCGCCUCCCCUGCCCCUACUGGCUUCCUGCCUUCCCAGCUGCUGGACCACAGUCUGAGUUCCACAGGCUGGUCAACGCCACCUAUGUUCCAAGUUCCGCCCCUUCAGCCUCCUGCCACUCAGAGCCAAUCAGUUGCUCCGGCUCCACCUUCUGCAGCCAGUGCUGCUGCAGGUAGAUCCAGAGAUAUGUCUGCGUGGUUCAACCUCUUCGCAGAUCUGGACCCACUUUCCAACCCCGAUGCUAUCGGACGCUCUGCCGACGAGCUGCUCAACGCCUGAAGCCGUUCAUGUGUGCGUGUGUGUGUCCCGCAGUGUAUGAUGUGAUAUCUAAACACACACAUACAAAAUGACUUAACACUGCACACGUCACUGCUUUUUUUUCUUUCAUUCGGCAUUCUGCAGGACUAUGCACUACAAUGCCACUAAGUUUUUGUAUUAAAUUACACGUGAUUAGAAAUGGAAUGAAAAUACUGUACUGUGAAUUAAGUAUGCAGAGAUUUUGACACGCAAUAGAAAUGUAUCAUGUAUCAUGUAUUCUACCACUUACAUUAUUACAUUAGAAAACAUAUCUACCAAGACGACAUCAAGACUUUUAAAUGUGAUAUAGCAAGAAGACGACGGUUGCAUCAGGCAAUAGAGGCCAAAGAAAGAUAGAUGGCAAAUAAAGUCUUCACGUGUGCCUGAUUUCCUUCAUCAUGAUUUAUGAUUACUAUUACUACUACUGUAUUUUACUUUAUUACAGAUAGAUAGAUACUUUAUUGAUCUCCAUGUAUGUGAUACAAGGACAUCACUUUUCCUCUCUUGAGCAUUACGGGUGUUGUACAACUGAAGGAAUAAUGUCACUUUGUGUAUACUAUUUACCCUUGUAGAAUGUAUUCAUCUAAUUUCAACCUGUUUUAUUUCACUUAUUUUAUUUGACCUAAGUGGGGGAUCUGCUAAGGAAUAAACUAGAUAAGCAGACAAUAAACGCUGUGUGUUAUGUGCGCGUAAUUGAAACUUAGUCAUUUGACUGGAAUAUUUCUAUCAAAUAAAAAUGGAUAAACUGUGUCAGCGGCCACACAAAUGUUACGCUCUGGUGAUUGAAAUUCGUGGCGGACAUAUUUGGAGUUUAUUUUUGGUCCAAUCAUACUUAGUGUUAUAGAUUCACUGAGCCCGGUCAUAUGUCACGUUGUGUACACGUCAUUUGUUGACGCUAGUACUACCAAUCAAACGUCACCUUGUACACUCUUAUUCGACCAAUCAUAAGCCGUGUUAUUACUUUUGCUACGUCGUUUUGUUGAUGCCACUUUCGACUAAUCGUGUUGGGUUGUGAAAUCCUAUUUCGACCAAACAUACGUCGUGUUAACUCUAUUGCUACCUAUCACACGUGGCGUUGUUGAAUCUAUUUUGACCAAUCAUACGUUGCGUUGUCGAACCCUCCUGUUGACCAAUCACACGCAGCGUUGAUGCGUUGCUGCGCGACAGCGGAAAAGAUGGCGGAUUGCAUUGAUACCAAUAUUGAUAUGAAAUAGUGUAUUGUUGAAAUGAGCUUUGUUUAUCAGGUGCUUUGUGCUUAUGGCCAAAUUGUUGUUAUUGGGCAUCUUAAAAAGAGUACUAGAAGUUGUUUAAAUGUGGCACAAUUAUAACA